UGCGGGAAAGGGAGAAAGAGGAGCGCAUGGGACGCCGAGGUCCGGGGGGCAAAACAGAACCGCGAAAGAAAGUGUUCGAGAAAACGGGAUCGGAAGCAAAGGCAGCCGGAGCGCAAGCAUCCAUGCUGCAGUAGGGAGCUUAUUUGUCCGAGUGCCUGAAGUACAAACUACCUUGACCCAGCCGCUAACGCACUUCAGAGAGUGUGAAGCAGGGAGCCGUCAGGCUGAGACAGAAAUAUCUGGGAUCGGGGCAAAGUAAACAUAGUAAGGCAGAAGCGACUUAGCAGCAGCGUAAAGGUAUACAAGGCGUCCGGAGACCUUGGCGAUUGGGUAUGGAGACCGCAGAGAACUACACAUCCCUGCAGGAGUUCACCGAGGAUAUGGCAUCCACGGGAAAGCCAACCCUCCUUGGAAAACAGAGAGGAUCAGGCAAGCAGGGGAUGAAGCUGGGGGUGGAGUACGUGAGGAAUCAGACGACCACCAUCCUCAUUACGGUCCUGCUGGCCUCGAUCUGCGCCAACAUCGCUCUGGGCGUCCUCUUGUACAACAAGCCCUCCGUCAACCCCUGCCCGCCGGCAGGUAAGCUGAGGAAAGCAGCCGAGACCGGGGACAGCUUCCGCGCCCUGAGCCUGCGCUACGCCUCGCUCUGCAAGGACUACAGGAAACUGGCUGACAACUGCAUGGAUCCCGGAGUCGAGGUGAGAGAAUGCAGCCCGUGCCCCAGCUCCUGGCUCCAGUUUGAGGACACGUGUUAUUACUUCAGCAAGGACAAGAUGAACUUUGACGACAGCAAAGCCAGCUGCGAGAGCAUGGGCAGCCGCCUGGUCAUCCUGCACACCCACAAGCAGCAUGAUGUCCUGGAGGAGGAAGCUAGGAAGACAGCGGGCCAAGAGUACUUCUUCUGGAUCGGCCUGUCCGACAAGGAGGUAGAGGGGGACUGGAGAUGGGUGGACAACUCAAAACUCAACACAACGUUCUGGGAAAUAUCAGAGCCGGAUAACCACUUGUCAGGUGGUCUUCACGGGGAGGACUGUGCGGUGCUGAAUUCGCGUUCGAAGAUUUGGUACGACGUUCCGUGUGAAUUUGAGUACAAACGCAUCUGUGAAAUGAACGCCUUGAAGACUGAGUGAGCGACCAUCCAAGGGAUUUCACCGCAAUCAAGCCGCAAAUAAAAGUUUUUCUGUUUCA